CGAUAAUGCCACCCUCAAAACAGCCCAAAGUCCUACUCUUUGAUAUUGGAGGCGUUUGUGUCGUCUCUCCCUUUCAAGCAAUCCUCGAUUACGAACUAUCUCUUGAUAUCCCACCAGGCUGGGUGAACCACUGCAUCUCGCGCAGCGCUCCCCAUGGCUUCUGGCACCGCCUCGAACGCGGUGAAAUUCCUAUGGACUCAGCUUGGUUCUCAGGCUUCACAUCCGACCUACACAACAGCUCUCUCUGGCACUCCUUCUACACCACGGCCACUCAGAAAGACCCUUCCCUCCCCAAGACCAUUCCACCGCUCCCAACACUAGACGGCGAACUACUCUUCUGGGAAAUGAUGCGGCAAUCGCGGUCUCCAGACCCAUGGAUGUACCCCGCUCUCAAAGCUCUAAAAUCCUCGGGAAAAUAUAUCCUCGCCGCACUCUCCAACACAGUUAUCUUCCCUCCCAACCACCCCUAUUCAAACACCUCCUCUCCGGGUGACCCACGCAAUUUCUUUGAUGUAUUCAUCUCCAGCGCACACGUUGGACUGCGAAAGCCCGACCCAAAGAUUUACGAGCUGGCGCUGAAGGAGUUGGAUAAAUUCGCGAGGGAGAAGCGAGGGUGGAAAGACGGGGUGAAGGCGGAGGAAGUGUUGUUUUUGGAUGAUAUUGGAGAAAAUUUGAAGGCGGGGAAGAAGUCGGGGUUUCAGACUAUUAAAGUCAACUUAGGAAGAGCGUUCGAGGCUGUGGACCAGCUAGAGGAGAUUACAGGGCUGAAGUUGGCUGGUGAUCAUCCACGGAUUCCUGUGAAGCCUAUGGUGAGGAAGAAGGUAGCGAAGUUAUGAUGCAACAAUCCAAGGGCUGCUGGUGUUGAUACGAUGCUUAAAUAAUUGAAGGUCUUGUGAGAGACCUGCCAAGGAAGAUUGAGAUGAUAGAUUCUGAUCAAAUUGACCC